AGCGCACCAGAAGAGAAACGGAAGUGACGAAACAACAACAACACAGACCGAUUGCUCUUCUCGUUUUGUUUAUUAUCCGAUGGUCCGACUGUAACGAUAUGGCCACCUGGAAUGAACAACGCGAAGACCAGCUGAUCGCUUUGAUUCAGGAACGGCCAGCGCUGUACAACGUCACAGAAAAAUGUUACGCCAGCAGAGGACAUAGAGCAGAACUCUGGCGCGAGAUCGAGCAGACGCUUGCCAUAUCAGAAAAGGAACUGAGGAAGAGGUGGGAUUCCCUACGAACACAGUACUCACGGUACAAGAAAGCUGCGCCAACAGGAAGUGUCGAUGCUCCGAAGACUGGCAGACAGCAAUGGAUCCUGAACCAGUUACAGUUCUUAGAGCCUCAUAUGAAAAGGAGGGAGAUCACUUCAAAACCAAAUUUUAUAGAACCACUAGCUUUUGAUGAUUCCUGUUCACUCUCACCCAUAACCAGCAAUGACACCUGGAACAGCAACCCUGAAGAGCCCAACUUGUUUGAAGCUGAGUCAAAGCCAAGCAGUCCCCUACCAGAAUCCGCCAUCUGUGGAGAAGCAUCCGUGCCGAUCAAAGAAGAGCCUGUGCCCUGCACCUUCAGUCAGCCAAGCACCCCUCGGCCUCGGAUGAAGCGCAGAAGGAAGAUGCUGGACGCGUCCACCAAUGAGAAGUCUGCAAACUUGUUGCACAACAUUAGUAAAAUCCUGGAAAGGUUGGCUCCUCAGGAAGAGUGCAGUGAUGAUGUGAUUUCUACCUACUGCAAAAGCAUUGAGCACAGAAUGCGGAAACUUCCCCCACAUUUACUGCCGCAUUUCAUGCACGAGGUGGACAACAGCAUUUUUAGGUAUCAAGUUUUACUGUCCAGCAGUGAGCAUACUCCAAACACUCAGCCGUCUGAAAUCCAACCUUUGCAACCAAUAUCUACAAGCAGAAGUUUGUAAAUAACUACUGUGGACCAGCACCAUUAGAACAAUUGUGUGCUUUAUGGACACAGGAAAUGAAAAAAAUACAAACACAUGGAUCUGAUUGUGUUUGUUUGAUCCAUACUCACUGGUAUUAGGCAUUAUAUACACAACCUGAAAGUUUUUUUGCAUAAGUGCAAGUAUGAAUGCGUUGUCUUUCUGUGAAAGCCCUGUGAUGCAGCUGGCAGCAUCUCCAGCGUGUUUCGGAUAAGAAGUCUCCAGCAUGUGACCCUACAUUGGAUAAUGAUGUUGGAAAUUGAUGCAGUUACUUUUAAGGAUUUUUUUGUUCUGAAUACAAAUGUUAAAGUUAUUAAUAAACACAAAUUUUAACUGAUUUAUAUAUACUGUAUAUGAAGUUAUUGAUAAAACAACGGUAAGUGCUCUUAAAGCGAUGGUUCACCCAAAAAUGAAAAUGGUCUUUUACAUACCCUUGUGUUGUUCUAAACCUGUAUUAGCUUCUGUUUGCUACAAAAUAAGAAUUGUAAUAAAUGAUGGUAAUCACA